AUGAAGAGCCUGAACGAGGCUCCUGGGAGUGAAACCCGAGAAAAUCAAUCUGAGACAUCCCAUAAUAAGAGUCUGCUUCUCACUGAACCAUGGAAACCAUGCCGACGGACCCGUGCCAUUGUCAAAGAGUGGCUGAUGAAGCUAAUCAGUUGUUUGGGGACCGUGUGUGGGAUCGAGUGGUAUGGCUAUAUGGCUCUAGGCAUUUUGACUGCCAUCCUCAGCUUCCUCAUGGACCUAACUGUAACAAAGCUGCUGACAGCUCACCAGUGGCUUUAUGUGAAGCUGGAGGGCAACAGUCUGCUACAGUUCUUCUGCUGGACUCUUUACCCAGCAUGCCUCUGUGCUGUCGCAUCAUCUUUCUCCCACAACAUCUGUCCCUUCUCCACAGGCUCGGGGAUACCAGAGGUGAGAACCAUGCUGGCUGGUAUUGAAAUGCCUCAUUACUUAUCUCUCACUAAUAUGUUUACCAAGUUCCUGGGCCUUAUCUGUACACUGGCAGCCGGCAGCACUGUUUUCCUGGGGAAAGUGGGUCCUUUUGUGCAUCUUUCCACCAUGGUUGGAGUCUACCUGAGCAAUCUCUGCACACUUAUACAAGCCAAAAAGAAGGAAAAAGCUGCUGGAGAAAUACUGGUUGUGGCCUCUGCAGUUGGGGUAGCCAGCUGCUUCGGAGCUCCCAUCAGCGGUGUGUUGUUCAGCGUGGAGGUGAUGUCUUCUCACUUUGCCCUGAGGCAUUACUGCCCAUGUUUCUUCUCAGCCAUCUGUGGGGCGUUGACCUUCCGGCUGUUCUCAGUGUGGAGUGGAGAUGGAGAGACUCUUCGGGCAUUGUUCAAAACUAAUUUCCCCACAGCUUUACCUUUCUAUCCACUGGAGAUUUUGCUGUUUGCUUUCCUGGGGCUGCUGUGUGGAGCUGUGAGCUGCUGCUAUCUCUUCUGCCAUCGGUGGAUCCUGCAAUUCACCAAAACAAACCCGAUGUUUAACAAGAUGCUGACGACAGAGAAGGCCCUAUAUUCAGGCAUGGUGGUCUUCUUCCUGGCAUCUCUGACAUUUCCCCACUCUGUUGGUCAAUAUAUGGCUUCUAAGCACACCAUGAAGCAGCUCCUCACCUCCUUACUGGAUAGCAGGCAGUGGAGCUCUUACUCCCACAAUGCCACUGUUCAGCCUUUGUUGGAGUGGAUCUCACCAGGGAGUCCUGUCCACCUUUCUUUGACUGUCUUUCUGCUCAUGAAGAUGUGGAUGUUGGUCCUCGCCUGCACUCUGCCUCUGCCAGCUGGAUACUUCAUGCCAGUGUUUGUCUAUGGGGCAGCUUUGGGCCGUUUGCUUGGAGAAGGAGUAGCUUAUGUAUCUGCCACUGGACUGACUUCAGGCCAGCAGUGGGGUUCUAUAAAUCCUGGGGGCUACGCACUUGCUGGUGCAGCAGCCUUCUCCGGGGCUGUGACACAUACCUUGUCCCCAGCUCUCCUGGCUCUAGAGUUAACUGGCCAGUUCAGCCAUGCUGUACAUCUCUCCGCCACUCUGCUGGCCAACGCCGCUGGCUCGCCUCUGGGCACCCGCCCGUCGUUCCUAUGCAUGCGCUCGUCAACAGCACGAGGCUCCCCAACACACCUGCCUUCUCUUGAUGAAGGCCUGCCCCGAGUACAGCUUCUCUCCACACCAGUCGGACAGGUUUUGGGAGAGAAAUCCGUGCAGCUUCAGAAAGCAGCUGUGCCAGUGGAGGUCCAGCAUGCUGUCAACACCAGCACUGAAACACAAAUCCCUGUGGUGGACUCACAUGACUCGCAGGUUUUACUGGGGUUUGUCCUCCGAUCAGAGCUGCUGAUGUUUCUGCGUCACUGUAAGACUGAGGUUCUGGAGAAACAUCUGGAUGAAGUCUGCUGCAUUUAUCCAAACUCAGUCUUAUUAUCACCUCACAACACCGUUCAGGAGGCCCACAGUAUCCUGAGUCUUAUUGGACACCAGACCUUGUUUGUGGCAGACAGGGGAAGGCUGAUCGGUCUCAUCACAUGGCCAGAGAUGAAGAGAAUAAUAGAAGACUUGGCCAAAAAAAUGUAAGCAACGACGCCCAGGAAUCAAGCAUAUCCCUUCACCUUUUUUUAAGAAAACACAAAUCCAUCUUUUCUUGAUUAAAGCUUGACUCUGAUAAUGAUAUCCCUUCUUCAUUUCCCAAGCGUAACACACAAAAUUGUCAUUAGCUGGAAGCCCCUAUGAUAAACAUUAAUCAGAGCUUAUUGUCUUGCCUCUUAUUGUAAUUAGCAGGAUCUCGUCCACUGAGGAGACUACAAACUAUCUCAUUCACUGAUCUGCAUUUUGUGACAUAUAUUAUUAAAAGUGUUCCUACCCACACUAAUAUCCAGUGGGGAUGAAAACAAAAACCUGUGAAACUGUUUGUACGGCAAUUAACACAAUGUAACCCUGCUGCAAGUAUCUCUUCAGCUCCAUGGAGCCUUCGGUUUAUAUUUAUUUCAGUACACUAUGAAACGUCACGUUGCAGACAACUGAAACGUCCUUGAGAUAAGUAAAACAUCAUGUCCAUCACACUUAUAUUGCCUGGUUUGACAAAGUUGCAUCAGCGUCUAGUGGUGAUGCAAGCUCCUAGUGGCUCAUACAGCUUCAGUAUUUCACCCUUUAAAUUCUCCCAGGAAUUGUAUUUCAAGAUUUUGCAACAAACAUCUCAAAUGGAGUCCCAAGUUAAAGCUACUAUGUGUUGAACUUUAAGAUUUCUGGUAUUGGCACUCCCCCAGUGGUAGCGUCUAAAAAGACACUGUGGCAUACAGAAAUGUAUUGCCUUCAUUGUCUCCUUUUUCUAUGUGAAAGCAAAAACUUGCCAUUAUAUCCAUUCAAAAUCUAUGUGAUUUCUCACAUUUACGUCAGUAUUAUGGGAAGAGUUGCCUUGGUAACGAGAUUCCUGCUCGGCUUAAUCAAAUCAUGAUUGCAGUUCAAAUGAUUGUAAGUGCUUUUCUGGUGUGAUUGUUGAAACUCAGGAAAAAUGUGAAUCACAAAAUAAACAUCACCAAUCCGAAUAAAAUGAAUAAAAAGAAUAACUUGCGUUGUCAGAUUAACCUGGCGACAUAAAAGGGAAAGUCUGAAGCAACAAAUGUGGCAAAAUAUGACAAAUAAAAUCAAGGAUCCAUAUGGUUCUCUUUGUCUAAAAAUACACUCUUUAUGUUACAUUCUGCCCAUCAAUGAAAAAUAAAUGUCAGAUUUUAAAGGAUCUUCUUUUAUCCUUCCCCCAUCAUUUCUAUUGGUUAUGAUUACGCAAUUACGAUCUUGUUA